AUGAAGGAACUGUUCUGUUUCAGUGAUGUGAAACAUGGUUCUGUGGACUUGAACUAUGAACCGUCUCUUUCAUUUUCUAUUCUCUUAAAACAACUGGCUUCAGUCACUCGUCAACAGGAGGAGGAAGGGAUCAGGCUGAUUUCAGGAGCUGGACCAGAAGUUGAGAAGCUUCAGAGCAAUUUCCUGGCCAUUCAAGCUGUGCUUGCUGAUGCUGAGGACCGCCAAGCGAAGGAGAAUGCUGUGAGAGUUUGGUUAGACAAGCUCAUAGACGAUGUGUUGGAUGUGUGGAACUCAAAGCUUCAGAAAUUACAAAUUAAGAAAUCUCGAAAUGCUUCUAAGCCUCUGAAAAAGAGAGAGAGGUUCAACAUUAAAUCAAUUACUAAGGGUAGCAAAGAAGUAGCAUGGAAAAUGACCACCUUUGCCAUUGAUGUAACUGAGGUUUAUGGAAGAGAUGAAGAGAAGAAUCGAAUAGUAGAAUUUUUGUUUGAGUCCUAG